UUUUUCAACUUUUGAAGCAGUAUUUCAACUAUAUACUACAGGGUAGCCUUAAAUAUGCAAUCUUUCUGACUCUGACUCUUAAGUAGUGGGACUACAGGUAUUAUGUAGGCAGACCCACAUCGGUAAGUGUGAUAAUUUAUUUGCACUUCCACACUUUCCAGGUUAGAAUUCUGGACUAUUUAAUGUGUGAGAGUGUGACCACUAUAGACCCUGUGUUCUAUAGUGUGAGGGCAUUGUUUGAGAAGAGACUUGAAAUCUCACUAUUCAAAACUCUAAAGUUCUACUUACUUUAAUUUCAUACUUUUUUGUUCAGCACUACUUACACAUCAGACUAGAGAAGGUUUGCUAACCUCUCCACAGCAAGUAUCCAUUCUCUACCUUGAGUGACUUUUCUGUCUCUGUAGACACUGAGAACAGAGAAUUUACUACUAUAAAUACAAAUAAUAAAUUGUCCAUCUCAUGAUCAACUUUAAUCUUCCAGUUUCUCUAAAUCUAAAAUAUUCUGAGAGACAAACACGUUAAUUGCCCUAUCUCCAGUGAUGGAUUUUUAGCCAUUUCCUGGAACUUCGUAGUAAGUUUCUUCCACCUGCUUUCUUCCAUCAAACACAUGUGUGCACUUUAAUUUUGUGAGUCCUCAAUAUUGUUACCUUCCUAUCAGCUUCCUGGGUAUUUUAAAGGCAGAAGAAUAACUGCAUAUUACCAGCACACCCACCUUUCGGUUUUGUGCUGGUUUAUUUUCUUUUUCAAUCAUGUAUAGAACUUAAAUGUUUAAAAAUUCACUCAAACUGCAUUUUCAGCUCCAACUGUUUUGUCCAUUCCUGGGUACUUUUGAAACUUUCAAUAGUGGACAUAAUUGAUGAGUUUCUAGCACCUGUUCCCAACAGUCUCCUCCUUCAGUAACAAUCAUGAUCUUCAGUUAGGGCUACCCGCCCCCAGGCUUCAACGAUGACACUAGUUGGGGUUAAACAAGCAAAGGGUAGGUCUUCAGGCUCUGUGACUAAAAGAUAUCCCUAUGAUGCUACAUUUGAGUAACUGUAUGUUACUUCGCUAGCCAGAACACUGUAUUAAUUGGUUUCAUUGGAAGUUAAAUUUUUGCUCUCUUUAGGAAAGCAAAUGUCUCUCCUUUUUCUUCCCAAACUUCUAUGUAUUGUUGGCAGAAUAUUUUGGGAACCUAAGGGAGGUCAGCGUUAGGAGUAAGAGUGUACUUCACAAGAAACAGCCCAUGCUUGUAUUUGUACAUACUUCCUGAAUUUUUGUCGCUUGCAAGAAACUGGAACACAACUAUGAAUUUAUAUAAUAUGGUCCUUAAUGUAUACCAUCCCCUGGCCAAUCCAGUUUCGUAACCCUAAGAGAACCUCUGAAACUUCCCAUGGACACUUUUUCUUUCCCUUUCUGCCUAAGCAAGGCCUAGUGGGAAGGGAUGCGUUAAACUUAACAGUGUUCUAUUCCCGAGAUACUUAACACAUGCUUUAAAACAAACAUUCACAUCAUCAUGAACUAUAGAGAACACUGAUGAAAAAUACACCAGUAACCACAUAAACAACAAGUAUUUGUCUCUGGGGGACUUUCAAUGUAAGUGGAAUUUAAGUAGCAUCAUCAGACUGUGAAAAUCUCAGAAGACACAUGGUGGCGCUGCAGGAUAACGUUACAGAAAAAAAAAAUCACAUUAAAUGCUCAGGACACACAGCCCAAGCCAGCACGGAAAACUAGGAAGAAAUAACAGGUCGUGAAGGUGCUGCCUAGAAGCCUUUUAUCCUUUGGAUUCUGAGGAUUCUGUGGACAAAUCAAGGGACAUAUUUUACAGAACUGCGUGCUGAGGCAGAAGGGAUUCUUUCAGAAGCCUGCCAGAAAGGAGCUAUGGAGAUCCGAGGGGGAAACUAUGCACAGACAAGGCAAGUCCUGCUCCUCUUUGUUUUGCUGGGAAUGUCUCAAACGCACGCUGAGCCUGGGAGACUUUCGGUGGUGGAGGAGACGCUGAGCGGGGCCUUGGUAGGCAAUUUGGUAAAGGAUCUGGGGCUUGAGGUGGUUGAGCUGUCUUCACGGGGGGCUCAAGUGGUCUCUAAGGAUAACAAACUGCCUUUGCUUUUGAACAUAAAUACAGGAGAUUUGCUCCUAAGCGAGCCGUUAGACAGGGAAGAGCUGUGUGGCUCCACCGAGCCCUGCGUGAUGCAUUUCCAGGUGUUAAUGAAAAACCCCUUACAGAUUUUGCAAGUUGAGCUUCAGGUCAGGGAUGUAAAUGACAACUCCCCCAUAUUCUUGGAAAAGGAAAUGGUUCUAGAAAUCCCAGAGAAUAGCCCUGUUGGUUCUGUGUUCUUACUAGAAAGUGCGACGGAUUUAGACGUAGGACCCAAUGCUGUGAAAAACUACAUCAUAAGCCAGAGCUCUCAUUUCCACAUUACGAUGAGAGUUAAUCCUGAUGGCAGGAAAUACCCAGAGUUAGUUUUGGACAAGGCGCUGGACUACGAGGAGCAGCCGGAGCUCAGUCUCAUCCUCACUGCUUUGGAUGGUGGGACUCCACCCAGGUCUGGGACUGCCUUGGUUCAAGUGGAAGUCAUAGAUACUAAUGACAACUCCCCUGAGUUUGAGCACAUGUUCUAUGAAGUGAAGAUUCCAGAGAACAGCAUCCUUGGCUCACUGGUUAUCACUGCAUCAGCUUGGGAUUUAGACUCAGGAAUUAAUGGUGAACUAUCAUAUACCUUUUCUCAUGCAUCAGAGGAUAUUCAAAAGACAUUUGCAAUUAAUAAAACCUCUGGAGAAAUACGUUUAAUAGGAUAUUUGGACUUUGAAACAACUGAAUCCUACUCAGUAAUCAUUAAAGCUACAGAUCGGGGAGGACUUUUUGGGAAAUCAACAGUAAGAAUUCAGGUGAUGGAUGUGAAUGACAAUUCUCCUGAAAUUGCUGUGUCAUCAUUUAUCAGUCCAAUCCCAGAAAACACCCCAGAGACUUUAGUUAUGAUUUUUAGUACCCAAGACAAGGACUCAGGAGAGAACAGCAGGAUGAUCUGUUCUAUUCCAGAGGACCUCCCGUUUGUGCUAAAAUCUUCGAUUGAAAAUUACUACCACUUAGAAACAGAGGGAGCACUGGACAGAGAGAGCAGAGCUGAGUACAACAUCACCAUCACAGUCACCGACAUGGGCACACCCAGACUCACAACACAGCACAUCAUAACAGUGCAGGUCUCCGAUCUCAAUGACAAUGCCCCUGCCUUCACACAACCCUCCUACACCCUGUUUGUCCAGGAGAACAACAGCCCCGCCCUGCACAUAGGCACCAUCAGCGCCACAGACUCAGACUCAGGCUCCAAUGCCCACAUCACCUACUCUCUGCUGCCCACCCACGACCCGCAGCUGGCCCUCCACUCGCUCAUCUCCAUCAAUGCCGACAAUGGGCAACUGUUCGCGCUCAGGGCGCUGGACUAUGAGGCCCUGCAGACCUUCGAGUUCCAUGUGGGCGCCACAGACCAAGGCUCUCCUGCACUCAGCAGCCAGGCGCUGGUGCAAGUGCUGGUGCUGGACGCCAACGACAAUGACCCCUUCGUGCUCUACCCGCUGCAGAACGCCUCUGCACCCUGCACAGAGCUGCUGCCCAGGGCGGCAGAGCCAGGAUACCUGGUCACCAAGGUGGUGGCAGUGGACCGCGACUCUGGACAGAAUGCCUGGCUGUCCUUCCAGCUGCUCAAGGCCACGGAGCCCGGGCUGUUCAGCGUGUGGGCUCACAAUGGCGAGGUGCGCACCUCCAGGCUGCUGAGUGAGCGCGAUGCUCCCAAGCACAGGCUGCUGCUGCUGGUCAAGGACAAUGGCGAGUCUCCAAGGUCUGCCAGUGUCACUCUGCAUGUGCUGCUGGUGGAUGGCUUCUCUCAGCCCUACCUGCCUCUGCCAGAGGUGGCGCGCGACCCCGCGCACGAGGACUUGCUCACACUGUACCUGGUCAUUGCCUUGGCUUCUGUGUCUUCCAUCUUCCUCUUGUCUGUGCUGCUGUUCGUGGGGGUGAGGCUGUGCAGGAGGGCCAAGGAAGCCUCUCUGGGUGGCUGCUCUGUGCCUGAGGGACACUUUCCUGGUCGCCUGGUGGAUGUCAGUGGGGCAGGGACCCUGUCCCAGAGCUACCAGUAUGAGGUGUGCCUGAUGGGAGGUACUGGAACAAAUGAGUUCAAAUUCCUGAAGCCAUUUUCCCCCAAUCUACCACCCCAGUUCCCUGGGAAAGAAAUGGAGGAAAGCCCUACUCUCCACAAUAGUUUUGGGUUAUUUAGUGACCAUAACUGAAGCUAUAUUUCAUAUGUAUUUCAUUUAAGGCUAUCCCAAGGCAAUGUGCAUUUAUUCCAGUUUGCAUGAUCUUCAAAUCUGCUAGUAUUUACAUUUCCUUUGUCCCUCCCACUUUUCAAUUUAUGUCAGCACUAGAUAAGAUGGUAAUUUAUUCUGUGGCCGGUUCCCUAGGAUGUCCUACCUUGUAAAGACUUUACCUCUUUAAACAACACAAAAUCACCUCCAUCUGUCUUCUCCAGUCACACCUUUCCCUUCACUGUGCUUAUGAUGAAAUAAACAGACCACAUCAGGAGUA